GGCUGGUGAGUGGUGACCAACUACUGGUCGACUAGUAGCUGCAACCUGCAGUGUCACCGUCAGCAGAGUCCAGCUUCAUCGCACCACCUACCUCCAAUUGCCAGCCCCGCCAACUCCGACCUACCUCCCCACCCACCAUGGAAGCCACCGCCUCCACCUUCAUCUCGGCGCGGCCCACCCCCUCGUCGCUCCCCCGGCCCUCCCUCCGCCGCAGCCGGGUGCGCGUGCUGGCCGCGGCGCGGAGGAGGCCGUUGUCGGCCGUGGCAGCGUCGACGAGCAACUACGUGGUGCCGCUGGACGCCGCGCCGUCGGGGAUCACGCGCCCGCUCGUCGAGAUCCUCCGCGACCUCAACAAGCGCGUCCCGGACACCAUCGUGCUCCCGGCCUCCCGCCGCGCCUCCGCCUCCGACCCCGUCGUCCCCUGGUACCAUGCCAACCGGAUGCUCAGCUUCUACGCCCCAGGUUGGUGUGGAGAGGUGCGUGAUGUUAUCUACACUGACAACGGAAAGGUGACGGUGGUAUACCGUGUCACAAUACGGGGUACAGAUGGAGAGGUUCACCGAGAGGCUGCUGGAACAGCAUCGCUGAGCGACGCACGGCUCGACGACCCCGUGGCUGCCGCGGAGGAGGCGGCCUUCUGCAAGGCAUGCGCGAGGUUCGGUUUCGGGCUGUACCUGUACCACGAAGAGGAGGUGCUGUAGAGCCAGGACGCUUCUCUGCCCCCCAUAUUUACAUUCAAAAGCUUGCCAGCGCCUGCACCGCUGCGCACCGUGAGAUAUCCUAUCCACACGGAUACCAUGUGUUCUGAGCUGUAAAUACGAGGCACGCCUUGUUGAUUACCUCCCGUUUCUAGGCAGAUCACAUUAGCUGUUGCAAUCUUCGGUCCGACAUAAGCGCCGUUUGCUAUUUUCUGAACACACCUGUGAUGAUUUCAGUCAGUUAUGUUUGAUAUAAAAACAUCCAGAUGACAUUA